AUGCGUUUCUCAAACUUCUUUGUCUCAGCUUCUCUGGGCCAUCUAGCUCUUGGCGCAGCCUUUUCCACUGGAAGGCUCGAGAGUCGGAAACAAGAUCCUGGAGCUGCUUGUUCCCUAGGCCAGACCACCGCGAGUGCUCCUCACAAGAACUUCUGGGGUAGUCUAACCACCCAGGAAACUAAGGAUGUGCUUGCUCUUCUGCAUAGCAAUGCGACAGGUUUCAACUUGACUGCUGCAGAGGAUGCGGGGAGCAUGUCAGUUGAGCUUAUGAUGCCCAACAAGACCGAUGUCCUCCCCUUCCUUUCAAACAGCACUGGUACCCCAGAGCGUUACGCCCUGGCUGCAAUCAUGUUUGGUGCUGUUGAAAGCGCUUAUGUUCAAGAGUUCAAGGUUGGCCCCUUGCCGAUCACCAACGCCUCGUAUGUUAUGCCGUACACCUACACCAACACAAGGGCGGGUGAUGGUAAAAUCUCAAUUGUCAACCCUGAUGCUGAGGAUUAUGGCAACUUCAAUCUCGAGAUCAUGAAGGGCGCAGAGGACGUGACGAAGCGACUCUGGAAUUUGACCGUCAAUGAUGGACUUCAGAUCCCCCUAGCUUUCGCAGCCCCUCUCACAGUGACACACGACAAGGUCAUCAUGUGGCAGGGCUUCAAUGCACCCGUCACCAGCAUCUAUGACACAAUCUCUCUGCUUCCGCUGGGUCUGUACUUAAGGACAGACAUCACAGGCCGUGAUCCCAGCAAGUGGAAAGUGACAGGUUGGGUGUACAACAACGAGUUUUACAAAGGCCUUGAUGACUUCCGCAAGGUCAUUGCCGAGCCUGAUUUUAAGCCCCUAGGAGCGAAUUUGGAUCAGCCUUGGGCGCACACAAACAAGCAUGGUGAUACUCUCCCUCUUGAUGAUGAAGCUCCACCGGCGUCUGUUCAGUCUGGAAAGGAGAGGUUUGCUGUUGAUGAGGAGGAGAGCUAUGUUACGUGGAUGGAUUUCUCGUUCUAUGUUAGUAUUACACGAGAUAAUGGCUUGCGACUUUACGACAUUCGAUACAAGGGCAAGAGGAUUAUGUAUGAGCUUGGACUUGAUGAGGCUAUCGCGCAUUAUGCACUACAGGCGAGACAACAUAUACCCAGAAAGACGGCCUCUCUAACAGAGCAAGGCAUGUUUGAGAUCGACAAGGGCUUCCCUAUCCAACGCCACUCCUGGGCCGGCCACACCACCGUGACAAAGAACAUCGCCUUCAACAUCCGUGCCAUCUACACCAUCGGAAACUACGACUACAUGACGACCUACCAGUUCCACCUCGAUGGUUCAAUUGAAGUCGACGUCAGAGCAUCAGGCUACAUCUCAUCAGCAUUCUACGUUGAAAACGAAGACUACGGUUUCAAGAUCCACGACAGUCUUUCUGGGUCUCUUCAUGAUCAUGUUAUCACGUUCAAGGCUGAUUUCGACAUCUUGGGUGAGAAGAACUCGUUGCAGAAGGUUACUAUUGAGCCUACGAUUGAGAAGUAUAAAUGGUCUGAUGGUCAGACGCGUAACACUAUGAAGGCAGUCAAGAGCUUCAUUGAGAAUGAAGAUGAUGGCAAAAUCAACUGGUCGCCUAAUGGUGGGGCGAUGUACGCUGUGGUUAACAAGGACGAGAAGAAUCCUUAUGGUGAAAACCCAGGAUACAGGAUCGUACCAGCGUCUGGCGUGGCAUAUCUCACUGUUCAGGAUUCCUCCGUCACCAAGAACGCAGCCCACCACACAACACAUCAUCUCUACGUUACUCGCCAGAAAGACAACGAAACAUACGCCGUGGGAGCGUACAACUCUCUCACCCCCGAAGACCCCCAGGUUGACUUUGACAAGUACUUCAACAGCGAGUCACUUGACCAGGAGGACAUUGUCGUUUGGUUCAACCUAGGAAUGCACCAUAUGCCUCACACAGGCGAUCUCCCCAAUACCGUCUUCUCGACAGCCCACUCGGCCAUGUUGAUCGAGCCGCUGAACUAUCUCCUUGGUGAUCCGUCGCAGGCUAGUUCGCAGCAGGUUCUCAUCAAGACCACGGAUGGGAAGCCUGAGAUUACGAGAUAUGGGGCUAAAGAGGCAACGUGCCCUAUUGAUCUGGCUCAGCUUAACCCGGAUCUGUCGAGCUAUUCCAACAGCGUCAGCGUUCUGAAGUAUCCCUUCGAUGGAUCAAAGCCGGAUCGUGCUUAG